AAGGAGUUGGGGCCUGGGGGUUGGAUCUUCUCUAUGUGAAGUCUGAAUCCUUCUUUUUCCUUCCAUGGGAUCAGAAUCAGCGGACCCUCCUCCUCUCUCCAUUCCCAAAAUGGAAACCCACAACUACAAGACCUCCAAAAGACACCACACCCACAUCAACAACCCCUUCCCCUCACCCCCCAAAUCCCUCCCUCUAAUCCAUGCAUCCCUCUCCUUCGACCCCACCUGCAGCCAGCUCUCCCUCCCCCGAACCUUCCCCCUCGGCAGUCUGUUCCACCUCUCCUGGUCCCCCUCUGCCGGCGGCUCCCUCUCCCUCUCCCUCUCCCUCUCCCCCCAUUCCCACCCCACCACCAGCAGCCUCUGGUCCACAAUCCCUGGCCAGGCCUUCCUCUCUGCCGCCGCAGUCGAGACGCAGGUGGAGGAGAGCAGGGGCUCUUUCGCCGUCGAGGACGGGGCCGCCCUCUUCAUCUCCCACCGCCAGACCGUCGAGAAGAUCAAGCCCUUCUCCAGAGACUGCUGCCGCCUUCUCUUCCAAUCCAACAAUAGUGCGGAUGAUGCAGCUGAUUCCGCCCAUUCCCCAGCUCUGGUCGUCACAGGGCUGGUUUUCGCCGCCGCCGCCGGCAGAAAUCGAAGGGCUUUCCUCUCUGCAAGAUACUGGUUUCUGCUCGAGCAGAAGAGCGAGACCCAGGUCGGGUUUCGCGUCGCGUUCGGAGAGUAUGAUCUGAGGAGGUCGAAUUCUCCGCAGAACGCGCUUCGGCCGGGGAACGACGACGACGACGACGACGACGACAACGACGACGACGGAGCAGUAGAAUUCAGGGAGUUCAAUAGGGUUUUCCUCACGCAUUCGAGCGAGGGAGACGAAAAGUUUUACGGGUUCGGAGAGCAGUUCAGCCAUGUGGAAUUCAAAGGGAAGCGGGUCCCGAUUCUCGUUCAAGAGCAGGGUAUUGGGAGAGGAGACCAGCCCAUCACCUUCGCCGCGAAUUUUGUCAGCUACAGGUCAGGGGGUGAUUGGAGUACAACAUAUGCCCCCUCGCCGUUCUACGUGACCUCGAAGAUGAGAUCUCUAUACCUCGAAGGGUACGAUUAUUCGAUCUUCGAUCUCACAAAACACGAUAGAGUCCAGAUCCAGAUACACGGAAAUUCAGCUCAAGGGAAAAUACUGAGUGGAAAUUCGCCGGUUGAGAUAAUUCAAAGCUUCACAGAGGCCAUCGGGAGGCCUCCGAUCCUUCCGGACUGGAUCAUUUCGGGUGCAGUCAUCGGGAUGCAGGGAGGUACGGAAGCCGUCCGCAGAGUUUGGGACCAAUUACAGGAUCACGAUGUUCCUAUCUCCGCAUUCUGGUUACAGGACUGGGUCGGGCAGAGGGAGACGAUUAUCGGGUCUCAACUCUGGUGGAAUUGGGAGGUUGAUGCGAUGCAUUAUGCUGGAUGGAGAGAGCUCAUAAGCGAUCUUAGAGAUCGUAAUAUAAGGAUGAUGACAUAUUGCAAUCCUUGCCUCGUUCCGACCGACGCGAAGCCGAACUGUAAAUUGAACAUGUUUGAAGAGGCAAAGAGAUUAGGAAUAUUAGUCAAGGACCGCAGUGGGGAAACUUAUGUGGUACCAAACACAGCUUUCGACGUCGGAAUGUUGGAUUUCACGCAUCCUAAAGCAAGUAGUUGGUUCAAGAAAAUUCUGCGAGACAUGGUGGAUUGUGGAGUAAGAGGUUGGAUGGCGGAUUUUGGCGAAGGAUUGCCGUUAGAUGCGCACCUCUAUUCAGGUGAAAAUCCAAUUGCUGCUCACAAUAGAUACCCCGAACUUUGGGCGAGGGUGAACAGGGAGUUCGUCGACGAAUGGAAAUCGACCCACCGAGAGGAGGAGAACGGAGAGGAUGAAGAGGGAUUGGUCUUCUUUAUGCGGUCAGCGUUUAGAGGGAGUCUCAAAUGGGCAAUGUUGUUUUGGGAGGGUGACCAAAUGGUAAGCUGGCAAAAGCACGACGGAAUCAAGAGCAGCGUUACCGGCUUGUUAAGUAGCGGAUUAUCUGGUUUUGCUUUUAACCAUAGUGACAUCGGCGGCUAUUGUGCAGUGGACUUGCCUAUCAUUAGGUAUCGGAGAAGCGAGGAGCUUCUUAUGCGCUGGAUGGAGCUAAGUGCGUUUAGUGUCGUCUUUCGAACUCACGAAGGAAAUAAGCCGUCGAGAAAUUGUCAGUUCUAUUCGAAUGGAAGCACAUUAGCUCAUUUCGCGCGCUGCGCCAAGAUUUACAAGGCUUGGAAGUUCUACAGAGUCCAACUUGUGAAGGAGGCAGCUGAGAAGGGUCUUCCGGUAGCCCGCCAUCUAUUCCUCCACUACCCGAACGACGAAAACGUUCACAAAUUAACAUACGAGGAGUUCUUAAUCGGUUCAGAGAUUUUAGUGGUGCCUGUCUUAGACAAAGGCAAAAAUACCGUUAAGGCUUAUUUUCCGCUCUCAUCAGGUUGUUCAUGGAAACAUAUGUGGACAGGGAAAGUGUUCAGUAGACCGUUGAAUGAAUCGAAUGAUAGAAUACAAGGGUUUGAAGCUCAGGUUGAAGCGCCGAUUGGGUACCCAGCCAUAUUUGUGAAGAUUGGAUCUUCUAUAGGAGAAACAUUCAUAAAGAAUUUGAAAGAUCUCAACAUAUUAUAGCUUACAAACUAGGAGCUUGGGGAAACUAACAAAACUUCUACGCUCCGAAGCAGAAGCUCUAAUUUGAAUUUUCAACUUCUGCUGUAGGGGAAACCCACUUGUGCUUGUUCAAACAGUAGUUUUGGCGAAGCUCCAGCAAGGCGAAAUGAGUUUCUAAGGAUGCCAAGAGAGAGUUUCUUCAAUUUGGAUAAUGCAAAGUUUGUACAGAAUAAGAGGUGGGGUUAUUCAUGAUUAAAAUUAAUUCCUUUUUUUUUUUGUCUUUUUUGCUUCAAAAGAAAUUAGUUUCAUUUUUAUCCAAAUAAGGCUGUGAGGUUGGAAGCCUUUUAGUGUUGUCCACUUGAUUGCUAUCAAUUUCAUUGUGUAAUUGCUAUCAAUUUCAUUGUGUACAAAUAAUAAUAAUAAUAAUAAUGAGGCAUCAAUGCAGAAUGUACAAGUUUACAGUUUCACUUU